AAUAUUCUGUGAUUUCAGGUGCGUCAUUGUGGUGGGCGUGUGCGUGUGCUGUGGUGUGUGUGCGUGCGGUGUGUGGCGACGUAAGGGGCACGCCUCAGGGGGGCAUGCCUCGGCAGGGCACGCCUCACGAGGGCACGCCUCCUCCUCAAGGUCGGGCGGCAGAGGAGGAGGAAUGGACGCUGCCUCCUCACCUGACAGCCAAUCAGCUGGCAGCUGCUUUCAGCCACCUCCUCACUAUAGUCGCUGCUCCUCCUUCCAUCAACCACCACCUUACAACGAGGUGACAUCCAAACCCGACCUGUACCCGCUAGUCAUUAGUUACUCGGAUAGUGGCAAGACGAAUGUUGGAGGCAGCUAUCUUAUGGUGCACUACUUCAGAAACUAUAUUAUGCGACCAGUCGGUUCACUGUCAGCCGCUAGCACAGCUGAUUCUUUAAGCUCAAAGCUUUUCUGCAACGCUGUCAAUGAGGCCAAUAGCCUAGUGCCCCCGCCUUACUGCAGUGCACCUGGCAGUGUAGACCAGAUCACCCUUCAUUCCUCACCUCUACGUCAG